GGGCCAUCCGUCGUGUAGCUUUUUGUGCUUAAUACUCUGUUGUCGUGGUUUGGCAGGCCACUUAGUUUUGUGGCGAUGGGCCCGUUUGGCUGACAUUUUUGGAGCCUCCCGCCUGUAGCCACUAUAGUCACUUUAGUGCAACUGUUGGCGCAGUUUUGUGAGAUGGCGGAAACCCGACGGGUGCGACACCGUCGAAUGAUUGUGCUCUGGAUGGGUGUUCUUGUGGCAGCGCUAGCCACCCGGAACCGCGGAUCCAGUACCAAGCCUGCUUUCUCCCGUUUGACACAGACACCUGGUGGCACUCCCUACGAGAAGCUGUGGGAGAAUGGUGUUAGGUCGUUAGGGGAAUAUGACCGUGAAUCACGCACUCUAUUUUGCGGUUCCUAUGCCACCAAGGGGAUGACAGCUCCAGCCAACUCAAACUUAGUUUCUGACACAAUCAAAGACAAGAAAAUGUGCGAGGAGAUCCUAAAGCUGGCGGGCUUUCCUUUUUUGGAAAGCAUACUUUGGGCCACCCAGGAGGCAAAAUCUAUGAAGAACAGGCUGCCAUGGCGGGACUUAGCUGAAGAAACCAUAGGCCAAUUUGGAUUGCCAAUGGUGGUGAAGCCGGUUCGCGGAAGCGGUGGCAACGAUGUGAAACUAGCUCGGACCAAAGAAGAACUUUUCAAAAAUUGCAAGGAUUUGGCCGGAAAACCACAGCAGUUCGCCUUAUUGUUCCAGCCAUACUUCAAUGCAUCAUCGGAAGUCCGUGUCAUCGUGGGCACCCGUGUCCGGAACAAUGCUACUGGGUUGAAGGUGGAACCAGUUGUUCUUGGAGUGGUGAAAAAGACGCUUCCCAAAGUCACAGGUGAUGGCAGCAGCACCAUUUUGGAAUUGAUUGAUUCCAUGGACAUGAACGCUGGCAUUGAACACAUGCGAGAGGAAUUCAAGAAGCACAUGCAGUGUCAAGGCAUGCUGGACAUGAUACCUGGGGAGGGCACAGAUGUUGCUGUCUACUGGAAAUUCAACCAGGUGCAAGGUGGUGCAGCGGUUCCUAUGGAUUUGCUUGCUGAUGGCUGGGAAAGCUUGACGCAACUAGCUCUUAAAGCAGCGCGUGAAGUGACACUAGGCAUCGGAUCUGUUGACAUUCUUGUGUCUGAGGAAGGUGACGCCCGCAUUGUGGAGAUGAAUGAGUACGUUCUCACGGACCUCAUGGACAUCUUGCCUGAAGAAACUUUUAACAAGACGAUUGCAGACCAGAUUAGGGUGGCGCUGCAAAUCAACGAAGAGAUGUAUCGUUUGGCAGGUGAAGUCACCCAGAAGGAAGUCCAGAAGAUGACAUAUGACAAGCAACAACCCAUGAAUGCCGAAGUAGAAAGCCAAAAGGAGCGGACGUAUGAAGAAAAGUCCAGAAACCAGGUGGCAAUCCUCAAGGGAAUUGCAAAGAAACACAACAUGGAUUUGACACUCUUGUCUCAGGGAUUCGUGCAGUUUUUCAAAGAUAUAUCGGGAAUGAGUAUGCAAAGAAACCUCAAACAACAUGGUAGCCUCAAUACUCCAGCCACAAGUGACGUGACCUCAGACAAAGUCCGGACAGCCAAUUUGCUGGAAAAGGCGGGACUUCCUGUGGUGCCUCACAAAGAACCGCUUCUUGAAGAAGAUUUUGACGCUGCCUUGGCGGAAAUCGAGAGCCUUCAAGAAGGCGAUCCACAAGGGAGGGUGGUCAUCAAAGGCCGGUACGGAAGUGGUGGGAUCAGUUGCCGCCUUUGCUACGAACCGCUGAAGGUCAGCGAUGCACUGUUGGAGCUACACAACCCUUGCGUGUCUCCAUUCAUCAAGGAGGUGGUCAAAGAGUUCCGGGUUUUCACAAAUGGUGGUGUAGUGGCCGCGAUCUAUGCAAAAGAGUUUCCAUAUGUUGUCGGAGAUGGCGACAAGACCGUGAACCAGUUGCUGGAUGAAUACUGUGAAAAACGCGUGGGGGCGUUUCGAUACAAGGACAAACUCAAGAAAGAACUCAGAAAUGCAAGCGACAUCCCAGAGAAAUGUGAACAAGUUCCUUUGACAUGGAAGCUCAACCUGGCAUAUGGCUGUGAAGUCAGCCAGGUGUCGCUUGGCGAGGAACCGAAAGUUGAAGAGUUGGCAGCUUCUGCUUCGAAGACACUUCAGGUAAGUGGGGCAGUUGAUAUACUGCAACUAGCCAAUGGAAGCUUUGUAGUGAUGGAGGUCAACAGCAAUCCUGGUGUGGAUAACUUGAUCAGGUUGAAUACGCCAGUAGCUGAGUUUGUGUUAGAACUUCGUGUUUUGAUUGACCAGCGAAUUCGCCAGAUGUGGCUGCCGUCGGCGAUAAAAAAGAGAGCUCGCAAAUAAACAACAUGCAGCAUGCAGGUCUGGGACGUGGCAACCACAGCUACACUGCUCUCAUAAGCAUUUUUGCAUCGCUUAUGCCAACAGGCCUUGGCACAACAUUCAGAGGGAUGAUGCUGCUCAGAGGUAGCAACUUUUGAGAUUGCAAGUUGAGCACUGCAGGUUUGAGAUCGGACUC